UUGCAUCAGAAAGCCACACAACGUGCCCGCCAUGUUACGCUCUCUUGCGUCACUGCGGGAUGGUUUCCGGACUAAGACAGGUGGUCGCUUUCACCGUCGCCAGCAGCCCUGGGCACCCAAGGUGCUGGUCUCCGUGGGUUUGAGCGGCUCUGUACUGCUUGGAGUAGUCUUUGCAAACGUGAGCUCAGAUGACGAUGAGAAGAUUUGGAUUACUCGCCGAGGGCCGUUUAACUUGGCAGCUCAACGUGCCGUGGAGUGGGCACCCCUGGUGCCCUGCUUUGGAUCGGGUGUGGUUGCAGCAUUGCUCUCCAAAUAUAUGCCGAAGCAGGUGAAAUCCCUUCGACUUCCCAUCAGCGUGCACGAGUUGACAGCUUUGCCGUUGUCGAUCCUGCUCGCUUUUCGCUUUCAGCUCUCCUAUGAACGUUGGUGGGCCUCUCGUCAACAUUUACAGGAAGUGGGCACCAAUGCAAUUGCCGUGGCCAUGUGUUCAGCGAACAAUCAGGAGGUGAUCUCAUUGGAUCGUAGUGGUGAGGCCAAGCCCGACGCUCAAGAAAUCGAAGAGAACGAGCGCCGAAUGCUCGGACUUCUUGACGCAGCGUGCUGCCUUGCUGAGCAAGCUUUGUCCAUUGGACGUCCUCCACAUCCUGCCAACAGUGUGGAAAAAUGGGAGCCGUUUGAUACACAUUUGCACCCGGAUGAUGCUAAGCAAAUCCGACAAUCUGGACAUCCUGUACAUUGCUGCUUUGAUGCCAUUUUCACCACCAUUCACAGGGGGCAGAUGCUCAAUGUUUAUUCCGCCGAGCUGGCAAGUGGGAUGUAUCAGCUGGCGUCCAAUAUGUUUGCAGGCUACAAAUUUUGCGAAAUGAUACUAACUCAACCAAAUCCUGCUCCUUUUGCAGUUCACAUGCGCACUAUUUUGAUGGUCUUCUGCAUCAGCUUUCCCUUUACAAUUAUUGGACGUGUGAGCCCAUUGAGUUUGAUGCUGAUGCAGUCUGCGUUGAGCUUUAGCUUGCUGGGGAUUGAGUUCGUGAGCCGUCAGAUGGAGCACCCCUUUGGCAGUGACGAGUCUGACAUUCCCUUGAGACACUUGUGAUCAUUUGUGACGUGUGCGCGUCGGAAGGGGUCGGGUGGUCAGAUGUUCUGGCGGGGACCCGCUGGGUGUUCGUUGUCAUUGUUUCCUCUCGGUCUUGGCGCGGGUUAUAUAAGUGCUUUUGGAUGUGUUUUGUUUUCGCUGGUCCUCGGUCCUGAGGAAAGGUGCUGGGACUAACGCGCGAUUCUAUCCACCUCAUUUGCCAAAAGCACCAGAUUGCAGAAGAUGAUGGCAGCAGUGAAAAAGACUGACACAAGAUCUUGCUUGGAACGUAUUCCCCAUGGGUCUUACCCACCAGAUUGUCGUGACGCUUGUAAUGUAUGGUAAUGUUGGGUG